UUUAAACCCCCUUCAAAUCAUCCAGGCUCCCAAAACUCAGUGUGCCUGUCUGCCAGCCUGUCCUGGAGGACAUUAAAGAAACACUUUUGGGAGCUGUGAGGAUUAUUGGCUGGAACUGAACUCCGAUCCCGAGGAAAGACCUGUCAUCUGUCCAAACCAGGAUCCAGUUAGCAAUGGUGCCAUCCGAGGAGAUGGAGUGCGGGGUGUGCUACCUGCCCUACUCCCGCUGCGGCCGCGAGCCUCGUCUGCUGCACUGUGGCCACACGUUCUGCAUGGCGUGCCUCGGCUGUGUGGCGCGGGAGAGGGGGGGCAUGCUCACACUCAGCUGCCCGCUGUGUCGGCAGACAACCAGUGUGGGGCGAGGGCUCAGACUGCAGGAGGCGUUAUGGGUGGACACCGCGGCGUGGAGCCGGAUACCAGAGAGCGAGGAGGAGGAGGAGGAGGGGCAGGAAGAGGAGCAGAUCAAAGUGCUCACUCAGGGGCAGCCUGAAUGCUCAGCCCCACUUUGCUUGAGGCGAAAGCUCAAGAUCCCGUCUUUCCUGAAGAAACUCAAUUUCCUGAGGUACAGGAGGAGCACCGAAGAAAGAUGUAACAUUGAAAUGAGAGCCUGGCGCAGGAGGUCCAGUGAAACAUGAGAAGGAUUUCCUGUACCCCUGUCCUCACAUAGAGAGAUGAGAACAGGGGGACAAGGGAACAGGGGGAAACCAGACAGGCCUGCUGGCAAACAGCUGCACAGCCAGGCAAGGUACCACUGCUCCGGAAAACGAGUUGAAGUCACCCCAGUUCAGAUGCUGCCCCUGUGCAUACCUGAUUACCACAGUCAUGAGACCUCUCAUUACACUACAAACACAGUUAUACAGGGCGAUUCAUAAUUCACUCGAGGGUACGUGGAGGAUGAUAUGCAAAGAAAAAAUGCCUACAAUAGACCCUCUGUGACAUGUUCCCCAGAGGCUUGCUCAAUAAUGUCAACAUGUAUGUAGAAUUGAAAACAAUGGAAAACAAUGUUGCAAGAAUUCUGAAUCACCCUGUAUAUAAAUGGGAUAACAGCUAGUAACAAGAUGGACUAAAAACUGACUGCUAACUUGUCUAAGACCUCCUCACAAGAAACUGGAAACAGAAGAAGAGUAAGAAUUGUGCAUUCCUUUAAAAGAUUACACUGAUAAAUUAAAAAGCACAUUCAAUAUCAAAUAAUAGCAAUACUCCACAUCAAGAGACACAAUUGCAUAGCAGUUUUAAUGACAAAACAGGUCUAUAAAAAUCAUACAUUUCCCUAGCAGGUAAUAUUUCUUAACAAAAAAACAGUUCAUUAAUUUAUGAUUCAUUCAAAAUUUCAGAAAUCCAUACCAUUAAGACCUGACACAGUCAAAGUGUUUCAGAUCCCUCUCCUGUUAAAGUAAUCAGUAACUUGGAGUGACAGCUGGCUUUCUGUGAAUUACACUCAGCUACUCUCACCCCUUCCAGGGAUUAUCAGAUUUCAGCGUGAUAUUUAAUUGUCAACAUAUUUUAUUUAUUAUUUGCUUUGUACACUUCUAACAGUUUUUUUUGUAUUUGAUUUUUAAUAAACAUGUAUUUAAUGAAAA